CCGACCAGUUCGGCAGCGCGAGCCGACGUGGGCACUUCGCUCUGUCCGGCCUUUCCUUCAUUAAAAUAUUAUAUCCGUGCGUGUAGAGAGAGGCGAGAGUUGCGGAGCCGGGGCAGAGGAACUCUUUCUGCCGCCGUUAUUCCGUGCGAGUGUCCUAAGCCUUUAGAUUACCGAGUAGUUGCCGCCGUUAUCGCCACAACAACGCAUUUUCGCCACUCCCUUGUCAAGGACCAUCGCACGCUCGUUCGCUGAGGGGCAGUUCUUCGCGCGGAUGUAGUAGUGGAAACGGAUGGUUCUAUAUCACUCCCUAAACGUCACCUAGAUCUAAAAAGUUCCUCUGACUCGUGUGGACGUAGGGUCAUUUUUUUUUCUCGUUCGUAUUACUGUGACCGAAGAAAUUGAAGAAGCCUGGUAACAUUGUGUCUCAAAAAGGCGGAAAUCUAUUAAAAAGAACAAAGGACAAGGAAUACAAGGGAUGAUAGAAAUGCAAAUUGCCAUUGGAAGACAAAAGAUAGAAAAGUUAUAUGAUCCUCACGCAAAAAAUAUCCUUUAAGUUAGAAAAGAAAGAACAAGAGAUAUUAAUUCUUUGGCUAAUUACGGACUAUAUUGAAAUAUUGAAAAAAAAAAGAAGAAAAGACUUCUCGAAUGUAAUUGGAAAAGCAGUAACAGGGUACAAGAACAGAUAUGUACACAUAGUCGUCAGUCGUGAACAAGUUGAUGGGUUGAGUUCCGGAAGACACUAGUCACGAAGGAUCUGGGGGACCAUGGAGUUGCCGGGUUGGUCUAAUGUUUUUAAUGACUGUCAACUAUUAACGGAAUAAACCACUCUUCACUAAAGUGAAUCUCUCUCGCAGAGAGAUCACUUUGUGCGAAAUACAAGUCAAAAAAACGACUGCCCGGUGAAUAUCCUGCGUCCAAUCCAGUUGAAGGGUCAAAAUAAGGCAUGUCGCAGCAUACGUCAGUCAGGAGGUAUCGCAUGAUGUGCCACGUAGAUCCACUGGUGUUCGGAUGGUGAACUCGCUCAUCGACUCGCGAACGGCUCCAAAGACUGUUUGCCCCGAAGAUUGUGCUCCAAUAUCAUUUCUCUCUACGUUCCUAUCUUCCUCCGUCCGUGGUUCCUCAAUCCGUGCAGGAUAUCUCAGACAGCCACUCUGUCACCGAGUCACUACUGCCACUUUUCGCGCAGGAUACCUAGUGGAAACUCGAUUAAAAGUGGAAAGUGCGGGACAUUGUUUGUCAAGAAAUUGCAAGAAGAAUCGGAGAAAAAGAUUUGUGCUUCAAGAAAGUACAGUGAGAGUCCAAGGGUGCGAGUGCUACUGCCAGCUUAAAGGAAAAUCGAGAGCUACCGGGAUAUGAACCCAGGUACGACCUGGGCUUGCGUCGGGGUAGCUAGUGAACCGUCUCUUCGUGGUGAAGAAGAUAAGACGGGGAGGCAGUCGGCGAGGAAGCGGGCGAAUCCGCACGGAAGAAGAGUCCGCGGAGGAAGUCCGGAGAACGCAGGCGUAGACGCCGUAGGUGAUGUGAGGCUGGCGCCCGCCUCACGUCUGGGGUGAUGCCCUCCAGUGAGCCUCAUCCCCCGUACCACCUUCAGCACCACAACAUUCCUCCCUCGCAUCUACAACAGCACACGCCGAGCGCGAUCGAGCAUCAGUUCUUUCAGCUGGUGGCGGCCCAUCAUCAGCAACAGCAACAGCGACAGCAGCAACACGGCGGACCCUUCCAAAAUUCCACGUACGCGCAGCAGAAGCAGGAGAUGAGCCCGGAGGAGGAGGGGGGCCGAGUGGGUGGGUCCCCCCCUGCGGCUGGGGCUGCACUUCAUCAGCCCCAUCAUCCCCGCACGGCUAGUCCACCUUCGGGCACAGAACCCUGCACCCGCGACGCAAUACCAACACCCACACCUAUCGCUGACACCACCACUACCACCACCACCACGACUAUGACGAUGCAGUCGCAAAGUCAACAGCAACAACAGGGUCCCAGCCCGAGCCCGAGCCCGACGGGCGGCGACGUGGAGAAAUUUGACGGUAAAAUCGUCUACAACCCGGACGGGUCGGCCUAUAUCAUCGAAGGCGAGAGUGAACUCAGUGAAGACGACUCUCUGCCCGACGGUUGUAUUGUAGAUGGGCGCGGUGUAUCGGUUCCUCACUCCUUAGUUUUCCCGCAAAUCGCGAGCGCGUACUACGUAUCGCGAUUAUACGCGCAUCAGGCCUAUCAGCAGCAGCAACAACAGCAGCAACAGCGUUCGGCGUCUCAACAGCACAAUCCCGAUCUUCCCGUAAUGCACAGUUAUCGGGUGAUCAGUUACAGGAGCGCGGAGGGUAGUAAACAGCCCCUUCCAGCGCCCACAGCACCGCCGCCGCCUGCCGCGUCGGUACCUGUCAAACCUAUCCUAAUGUGUUUCAUAUGCAAGCUCAGUUUUGGGUAUGCGAAAAGUUUCGUCGCGCACGCCCAGGGUGAGCAUCAACUUACUUUAAUGGAAGACGAACGACAGAUACUCUCUCACUCAACGGCGUCGGCCAUUAUACAGGCCGUGGGUAGAGGAAAGCAGCCGCUCGUCAGUUUCCUAGAACCCGUUACGAGCUCGACCUGCGCUCAGGCGUCGCCCGCGCAGAUUAAAGCUCAACAACAGCAACGUAGCGAGUCCAACGAACACGAGACAACACCAACCACAACAAGCACCCCAACGAGCACACCCGGCGUACCUAGCAGUCCCCAACAGCAGCAACAACAACAGCAGCAAUCGCAACAGACGCAACAACAGCAACGACCCUCGCCGAGUACUCCCUCCACGCCCACGUCACACUCGAGUCAUCCUCUCACGUACAAUCAUCAACAGCAGCAUCCGUGGAGCGGUCCGCAAGUAAGUGCUGCAUCCUGGGCCAAAGCCCCUGAUGCCUUGCAUUACAGCUCACCACCGCCGCCAACUUCAUCUACCAAAGGAUCUCCGUCUUCGUACGCUGCUCUUACUCAGGCUCCGCCGAACUUCCUCACCGGCACCACGAUAGGUGUCUGUCCGGAACACAUGCAAGGUAGACCAAGUGGAGUAGAAUGUCAGAAGUGCGAGCUUAUAUUGACGAAUAGUCGACUCGCCGGUCCCGGCGGACCACUCGCUGGAAUACACAGUCGAAAUUCCUGCAAAACCCUGAAGUGUCCCAAGUGCAAUUGGCACUACAAGUAUCAAGAGACCCUUGAGAUACACAUGAAAGAAAAACAUCCAGAAAGCGAGACAUCCUGUUUUUAUUGCAAUGCAGGUCAGCCUCAUCCUAGGUUAGCGCGUGGCGAAACCUACACCUGUGGCUACAAGCCGUACAGGUGCGAAGUGUGCAAUUAUUCCACCACGACGAAAGGCAAUCUUAGUAUACAUAUGCAAAGCGACAAACAUUUGAACAAUAUGCAGGAGCUGCAACAGGGAGGCGGAGGUGCUUCUGGUACCAGCAAUCCCUCCUCGUCUCAGGAUGCACCAAUGCCAACUCGCAGUCCCCAUCAUCAGCAGAAUCAUAGUCCACAUCGAGCCUCCCAGGGUGGCAAUCAAAGCAAACCGAAGCUCUCGUUUCGUUGUGACAUAUGCAACUACGAGACAAACGUCGCGCGCAAUCUGAGGAUACACAUGACGAGUGAAAAACAUACGCACAACUCGAUGGUGCUACACCAGAAUAUCAAACACAUGCAAACGUUGACCGCGUUGUCCCACCAUCAACAGGCGCAACACCAUCAUCAGCAGCAACAACAACAACAACUCGAGCAUUUGCUCCAUUUAGGCGGUUUGGACAAACCACAACCUACGGAAGCGGCGUUGGCCGACUUAGCUUACAAUCAGGCGGUUUUGAUGACAAUGAUGACCGGCGGUCAAAUGCCGCAGUUUCCGCCAGAACUCAUAGGCUCCAUAGCAAACGCGGCUGCCAUGAGCAAUCUUGGCGGUGACGUCGGACUUUCGCCGGACAGCAUGGAACCGCCACCAGAACCCGCCGAUCAAGAUCCUAAUCAUCUGUAUCAGUGUUGCAUCUGUAAUAACUUCGCGACAGACUCGCUCGAGGCUCUGAGUCACCAUCUAGCCGUCGACAGAACUAGAACCCGCGAAGGCGAUAUACUCGCGGUUAUGAACGCUAAUUUCGUGUGUACACUCUGUUCCUAUAAAACAAAUCUAAAAGCAAAUUUCCAGUUACAUUGCAAGACUGACAAACACCUGCAACGACUGCAACACAUGAACCACAUAAAAGAGGGUGGGCCUCGUAACGAAUGGAAGCUCAAAUACUUGGGAUCGCCCACGAGUACCGCGCAGUUGCGCUGCCACGCGUGCGAUUACUACACCAAUAGUGCUCAUAAAUUGGCCCUGCACGCCGCUUUACCAAGGCACGAAGCCGCGUCUCUUCUGUUGCGUCAUCUGCUCGAAGCGAGCGGUAACAUCCAAACCCCCGGAAAAUUGUAUCAUUGCGUGAUAUGCGGGUUUAGUGCUCGGCACCGAUUGCCGCUUUUACAACACGUGAGAUCUUUGCGGCACCUUCAUAUGGAACAGAUACACCACAUUCACACCGCCAGAAGAAGCACCCUCGCGGGGAACGAAUCUCCGCACGCGGAUAUCAGCGUCAUGUUCCAGGUGACGAGUGAUCCAGAAGUAUCGAUCACGCAACAGCCCAGUCCGACCACACCAACGACACCCAACGCUACGAGUACCAACAAUGAACGACGAGAAGAAGGUAGUGAUUGCGGUAGUGAAGUGAAACAAGAACCGGACAAUGAUCCAGAACCGGAAGCCGAGCCCGAGAAUGACCAAGAAGAAAUUACGUGCCUAUACUGUACGUAUCAACCGACGUCGCGAGAAGAAUUACGACAGCAUUUGCAAGUAGCUCACGUUCAAGAUUCGGAGGAGAAAACUGAAACGGUAAAAGAAGAGGCAGCGGAAUUAUUAUGCCCAUUGUGCCAAGAUAAUUUCAAGGAACGUCCAGCCCUGGAAAAGCACGUGAUGCAAAUUCACUCCGUUAAUACCGACGGUCUACAGAGGCUACUAGUAUUGGUGGAUCAAAGCCAUUGGUUAAACAAUAAUCGGAAUUCCUCGACGCCGGCUGUUACGACCACAACGACGCCAACAUCGCCCACGACAACGACGAAAACCCAACAGGAAGAAGAAAUGAGUGAACGAGGUGGCAGUGACGAAAUCGAGGAGACAGCCAGGUGUAACGUGUGUGGCCGAGUUUGGCGUUCGAUCGAGGAACUUCAGCAACAUCACCGGGAAGCUCAUCCGACCACCACGCCUACUUUGGCAGUUAGCGAAAAACACGUUUACAAGUAUCGAUGCGUACAGUGCAGCCUUGCGUUCAAAACCUUGGAGAAACUUCAGCAACACUCCCAGUAUCACGCUAUUAGAGAUGCGACUAAAUGCGCCCUGUGCGGACGAUCUUUUCGUUCAGUUCAAGCGCUUCAGAGACAUUUGGAAUCUGCCCACGAUCUCCACGAAGAGGAAAUGAAUCAAUACAAGCAGAGUUUACUCCAGCAUCCUCUUCUUCAGGCAUUCACGGAAGAAACGUUGAAGAGACAAGGCCUGGCAAGCGAGCUACAUAUGGAAGAUGAUGCUGGUAGAGGUGAUGAAGAAGAAAGUGAUGCCAGUGAUUCGUUGAGUUCUCCGUUGCAGAAGGAACAACGAUUACUGGAGGAUUAUUUAAAUAGUCAAACAAUUGCGGAAGAUUCCUAUCAAGAUCCAAAUCGAAAAUUUAAAUGUCAUCGAUGCAAAGUGGCCUUCACACGUCAGAGCUAUCUGACUGGCCACAAUAAAACCUUGUUGCAUCGCAAAGGUGAGAAAAUGUCUUAUCCCAUGGAAAAAUAUUUGGAUCCUAACAGACCAUAUAAAUGCGACGUUUGUAAAGAAAGCUUCACGCAAAAGAACAUACUUUUGGUGCAUUAUAACAGCGUGAGUCAUUUGCACAAGUUAAAACGGGCGAUGCAGGAGCAAGGUAACAACAAUACAUUGAUCUCGGUAGUACCUCCCGCUAGUCCGACUGAAUCGCCCGACUCUCAACAAGAUCAAGAUAAAAAACCAUAUAAGUGCAACAUCUGUAAGGUCGCUUAUACUCAAGGCAGCACUUUGGAUAUCCAUAUGAGAAGUGUUCUUCAUCAAACGCGGGCCAGUAAACUGCAAGAUCUUGCUGCCAGUGGCCAAUUAGAUCUAGCUCGACCAUUGAUUGAACAACCACCACUAAGUCCGAACAGUCCGCCCGUCAACACAAACACAAGCAAUACUGGGGGAAUACUCUCUUGUGCGCGAUGCAACAGUGUGUUCGUCAAUCAAGAUCAACUCGCGGCGCAUCAACAAUUAUGUAACAUAAUUUUGAACAAUCCAGCAUUGGCAUUGUUUCAGCAAUUUGCUGCAUCGCAGCAAUUAGCUUCGUCCGCCCCGACUAAGACACCACCUCCUACAUCUACGACACCAGGGCCGCAACAACAUAUGCAAUCAACUACGCAGCACUCAUCGCAAACCACACAAGAUAUUCUUUCUCAACCACGACAUAAGACCUCACAGAUGUACAAGCAUCUGUUGGAGAGUUUUGGCUUUGAUCUCGUCAUGCAGUUCAAUGAGAAUCACCAAAGACGACAGCGCAAGGAGGAGGAAGCGGCCGCUGCUCUUCAAGCGCAACAAGAGCAACAGAAGCAGGAACAACAGAAGCAAGCACUCGCUGCUCAAGCCAUGCAGCUAAAAGAGGAAGAAGUCGAAGAGGCUCAUAUGGAUGUGGACGAUGUGAUACCAGAACUUACGCGUAGUACUUGCCAACAUUGUAACAAGGAAUUCAGCAGCGUUUGGGUUCUGAAGGCUCAUUGUGAGGAGGUCCAUCGCGAUCUCGUACCACGCGAAUUUCUCGAGAAAUAUGCGCAACAGUUCAAAUGCGAGUAUGAGAAGAAAACUGUCGUUGCGACGUCCACCACCACGACAUCCACCACGACGCCGACAAGCACCACAGUCGUUACUGCACAACCUCAAGAUCUUAGCGCCGACAAAGAAUUUCGCGAAAAGGAAAAAGAAGAUAACGCUGAAAGCAAAGAACGUAUCAGUCGAACGCCAGAAGCUACAUCUACUACUCCAGCGACCACACCGGCGUUAAGCAACACGCCAGUUUCAAGUACAGAUUCCACGACACCGACUGUCCUAUCUAAUCCACAGCAUCAUAUUCCCCAACAGCAGCAACAACAGCAACAACAACAGUUACAGCAGCAACAGCAGCAGCAGCAACAACAACAACAACAGCAUACUCAACUUGCAUUUGCACAACAAAUGACCGAGAUGCAAGCUGCCCUAAAUGCUGCAAUGGCUGCAUCACAAUUGCAGCAGCAACUACAACAAUAUCCAGGAUUGAUGAUGGGAAUGAUGGGAUUACCAUUAGGAUUAAACGUACCCGCUUUAGCCGCUAUGAAUCUGCAACCACCUUUAGUGCCAAUGAUGCUACCGCCACCACCGUAUGAUGGUGCUGCUACUGCAUAUCCAUCCAUUAAUCAAGACCUCCUUGCUAAGCAACAUCUUGCUUUGCAACAGCAACAAGCUGCAGCAGCGGCAAAUGCAGCUGCAUCACAGAAACGAGCGCGUACACGUAUCACUGAUGAGCAACUAAAGAUAUUACGGGCCCAUUUCGAUAUUAAUAAUUCUCCUGGCGAAGAGCAAAUCCUAGAUAUGGCCGCUCAGAGUGGUCUGCCACCUAAAGUCAUAAAGCAUUGGUUUCGAAAUACGUUAUUUAAAGAACGACAACGCAACAAAGACAGUCCUUACAAUUUCAAUAAUCCACCAAGUACCACCCUAAAUCUCGAAGAGUACGAGAAAACCGGAGAGGCGAAGGUAACCCCAUUAAAUUCAAGCGUAUCCGGUAGCAGUUCCUCUGACGAUAAAAGUCCAAAUAAGCAAGCCACGCCUCCACCGUCUAUGCAAAACACCAACGCAUCUCAAUCCGAGAUUAAGCAGGAGGCACUCGAACAGUCACAGUGUCAACAGCAACAACAAGCUGUGCAACAUCAAGAAGAGCAGCAUCACUCGCCCGGCAGCUCAGGUGGACAACAAUCGCGACCGCAUUCACCCGCGCUUAGUAUGAGUUCCGUAUUCUCGGCUAUCCAUCACGACAUUUCCUCCCAUACUCCAUCGACCACAAACACCCCGAGUACUCCGAUGUUACCACCGAAAUUGACGUCCCAGAACUUUGCCAGUCCUACUCCGGGAGCCGGUGGCGUAGUACCGAGUGCGAUUGCUGCAAUGGCACUCACACCUCAAAGAUCUCUAAGCCCGGGUCGCGGUCCAACUGAUUAUUUUGGUGGCAAUAGUAACGGUAGCAGCACUUCUGGUGGCAGUUCCGGUAAGCGUGCUAAUCGUACGAGAUUUACCGAUUACCAGAUAAAAGUUCUUCAGGAAUUCUUUGAAAACAACGCGUAUCCAAAAGAUGAUGAUUUGGAGUAUCUUAGCAAACUCCUCGGUUUGAGUCCACGUGUGAUCGUAGUGUGGUUUCAAAAUGCUAGGCAGAAAGCACGUAAAGUAUAUGAAAAUCAACCGGCCGCCGAACCCGUGACAUCAGGCGGACGCGAAACCGAUGACGGAUCCGGUCGAUUUCAGAGAACGCCAGGUUUAAACUACCAGUGCAAAAAGUGCCUGCUGGUAUUUCAAAGGUACUACGAGCUCAUACGUCAUCAAAAAACGCACUGUUUCAAAGAAGAAGAUGCCAAGAGGAGUGCGCAAGCGCAGGCUGCGGCAGCUCAGGUUGCCGCAGUUCUGAGCUCCGAAGACAGUAACAGUAGCUCCACAACGACUACAAACAAUACAGUAACUAACAAUCCAUCAACCGCGCCCGCGCUUACCGAACAGUUGCAACAACCGUUGAGCACCGCUACGUCACCUCAUCAACAUCAGCAGCAAACUCUGUCUCAGACACACCAGUCACAACAGCAACAGCAGCAACAACAGCAGCAACAGUCACAGACAGAAUCGAAGGAAGGUAGUUUUCAAUGUGAAAAAUGCAACCUGAUGUUCGGCCGAUUUGAACUUUGGCGCGAACAUCAGUUAAUACAUAUCAUGAACCCGACCUUAUUUCCCUCUGCGUAUCCACCUGACUCACCAUUCGGAAUCUUACAGCAGCAAGCGCUUAACGCUAGCCAGGCUGGAGUUGCAACGGACACCCCGCAUUCGCUCAUCAGCAUGAUACAAAAGAGGAAGUUCGAGGAUCUCGAGGAGGGAACUGGCAGCGACAACCGUUCGAACUCUGAACACAACGAGCAACCCAAGGACAAACGUUUACGAACCACAAUACUUCCGGAACAGUUAGACUAUCUUUAUCAGAAAUACCAGAUCGAGUCUAAUCCAUCGAGAAAGAUGCUGGAGACGAUCGCUAGGGAGGUUGGUUUGAAGAAGCGUGUGGUACAGGUGUGGUUUCAGAAUACGCGCGCUCGUGAGCGCAAGGGCCAAUUUCGUGCUCACAGCCAGGUUAUCAAUAAGCGCUGUCCAUUCUGUCCAGCACUAUUCAAAGUCAAAUCCGCUUUAGAAUCUCAUCUCAGCAGCAAACACGCCGAUCAGGUGGCUCGCGGCGAAGUGAACAUCGAUAACAUCCCGGAUGAAGAGCUCUCGAUGGAAUCUGUUCCUUCGAAUUCUAGCACUCCUCAAAUGAUGCCACCGUUGUUUCCACCUAACAGUGACAUCAUGGAGUCAUCUUUAAAAUCCUUAAAAUACUAUGACGAUAUGAGGCGAUAUUUCAGCGAAAUACAAGCGCACGCUAGUAAUGGAAAACAAGAAACGGCAAAUCAUCAAGCCAGCGGAAACAGCUGCGAGUCACCAUUGGAUCUAAGCAAACCAGUCGAUCUCAGCCGGCCAGUAAAAUUGUGCUUGAGCAACUUCAGCAGCCUUCUUGAAGAGCAACACGGUGUCCACUUCCGCGGCGGCAGCGACUGCGGGCCUCUAACUGAUUUAUCCGAACGUAGCAUUUGCGAUGAUGACAGCAUGAGCGAGACAACGGAGUUUUUGGAUGAUGAAAGUGGACCGGUUAGCCCGGCCUCGAGCACGCAGAGCUCGAGGCAAGGACCCGCUAGCGGAAGUACCGGGAAUACGCCUGGGACACCAGUGACCAGUGGACAGUCGAGCGGCAAUACCGGCCAAUCCGGCGGCAAGCGAUACCGUACGCAGAUGUCGGCUACACAAGUGAAGGUGAUGAAGUCACUCUUUUCGGACUACAAGACGCCAACGAUGGCCGAAUGCGAGAUGCUUGGCCGUGAGAUCGGCCUUCCGAAACGGGUGGUCCAGGUGAGCAUCGAUAGUCCUCAUGUGAGCCGACCCCGAGCUCAUAAUAACCAUUAAUAUCCACGAGAAGACUAUUCCUUGAACGCGUGUGCAUCUAAUUCACGAUCCGAGCUCACGGAUACUAAUGAGACGAGUUGCAGGUGUGGUUCCAGAACGCCCGUGCUAAGGAGAAGAAGGCCAGAUUAGCGGCUGGUUUGCCAGCCGAAGGUUCAGCCG